AGCAGUUCCCUCCUAGCCCCGGAGUCGCGGUUCAGGAUGCCUGUUUGGAUGCGGCAUGGGUCUUGGGUCCUGAGGCUGCCUGUUGACUAUGGGUACAACAGCCAGCACAGCUCAGCAGACAGUCUCAGCCACUGCCCCCUUCGAGGGACUCCAGGGUGGCGGCACGAUGGAUGGGCGGCACUCAGUCAGCGUCCACUCCUUCCAGACCACGAGCUUGCACAACAGUAAGGCCAAGUCCAUCAUCCCUAACAAGGUGGCUCCUGUCGUGAUCACGUACAACUGCAAGGAGGAGUUCCAGAUCCAUGAUGAGCUGCUCAAGGCCCAUUACACUCUGGGCCGGCUCUCGGACACUACUCCUGAGCACUACCUGGUUCAGGGACGCUACUUCCUAGUGCGAGAUGUUGCUGAGAAGAUGGACGUGCUGGGCACUGUGCGGAGCUGUGGAGCCCCUAACUUCCGGCAGGUGCGGGGAGGGCUAACCGUAUUUGGCAUGGGACAGCCCAGCCUCUCAGGGUUCAGGCAGGUCCUCCAGAAACUCCAGAAGGACGGACACAAGGAGUGCAUCAUCUUCUGUGUGCGGGAGGAGCCCGUGCUGUUUCUGCGUGCUGAUGAGGACUUUGUGCCCUACACACCUCGAGACAAGCAGAACCUUCACGAGAACCUCCAGGGCCUUGGACCUGGGGUCCAGGCAGAGAGCUUAGAGCUGGCCAUCCGGAAAGAGAUCCACGACUUUGCCCAGCUGAGUGAGAGCACGUACCAAGUGUACCACAAUACCGAGGACCUUCGUGGGGAGCCGCACACUGUGGCCAUCCGGGGCGAGGAUGAUGUGCACGUGACCGAGGAGGUGUACAAGCGGCCCCUCUUCCUGCAACCCACCUACCGGUACCACCGCCUGCCCCUGCCUGAACAAGGGGCUCCGCUGGAAGCCCAGUUUGAUGCCUUUGUCAGUGUCAUCCGGGAGACUCCCAGCCUGCUGCUGCUCCGUGAUGCCCAUGGGUCUCCCCCUGCUCUCCUCUUCAGCUGCCAGACAGGCUUGGGCAGGACCAACCUGGGCAUGGUCCUGGGUACUCUCAUCCUGUUUCACCAUAGCGGGUCUGCCUCCAGGCCAGAGGCUGUUCCCCCGAAGACCAAGCCACUGCCCAUGGAACAACUCCAGGUGAUCCAGAGCUUUCUCCAUGCCGUGCCCCAGGGAAGGAAGAUGGUGGAGGAGGUGGACAGAGCCAUCGCUGCCUGUGCUGAGUUGCAUGACCUAAAGGAAGUAGUCUUAGAAAACCAGAGGAAGCUGGAAGGCAUCCGGCUGGAGAGCCCAGACCAGGGAAGUGGCAGGCGGCACAGUGUCUGGCAGAGGGCGCUGUGGAGCCUGGAGCGAUACUUCUACCUGAUCCUGUUUAACUACUAUCUCCAUGAGCAGUACCCGCUGGCCUUUGCCCUCAGUUUUAGCCGCUGGCUGUGUGCCCAUCCUGAGCUGUACCGCUUGCCUGUGACACUGAGCUCAGCGGGGCCUGUGGCUCCUGGAGACUUCAUCUCCAAGGGCUUCCUGGGGGCGGACGAUCUCAUCUCCCUAGAUGCACUCAGCACCGUCAGAGAGAUGGACGUGGCCAACUUUCGGAGGGUGUCUCGAAUGCCCAUCUAUGGCACAGCCCAGCCUAGUGCCAAGGCCCUGGGGAAUAUCUUGGCCUACCUAACUGAUGCCAAGAGGAAGCUGCGGCAGGUUGUUUGGGUCAACCUGAGGGAGGAGGCCGUGCUGGAGUGUGAUGGGCACACCCACAGCCUGCGGCAGCCUGGGCCCCCCAUGACCGCUGACCAACUGGAGAACCUGGAGACCCAGCUGAAGGCCCACCUGAGCACGCCUCCCCCAGGAGCGGAGGGCCUACGGACCCACAGAUUCCAGACGUGCCUCACCACGCAGGAGGUCUUUAGCCAGCACCACGGGGCCUGCCCUGGCCUUACCUACCACCGCAUCCCUGUGCCAGACUUCUGUGCCCCCCGUGAGGAGGAUUUUGACCGGCUGCUCGAGGUCCUGCGGGCUGCCCUUGCUAAGGAUGCGGGCACUGGCUUCGUGUUCAGCUGCCUCAGUGGCCAGGGCCGAACCACAACUGCCAUGGUGGUGGCUGUGCUCGCCUUCUGGCACAUCAGAGGAUUCCCCGAGGUGGGCGAGGAGGAGCUCGUGAGCGUGCCUGAUGCCAAAUUCACCAUGGGAGAGUUUGAGGUGGUGAUGAAGGUGGUGCAGCUGCUGCCCGAUGGGCACCGUGUGAAGAAAGAGGUGGACGCAGCUCUGGACACAGUCAGUGAGACCAUGACGCCCAUGCACUACCACCUGCGGGAAAUCAUCAUCUGUACCUACCGCCAGGCGAAGGCAGCCAAAUCAGAGCAGGAGGUCCAGAGGCUGCAGCUGCGGAGCCUGCAGUACCUGGAGCGCUAUGUCUACCUGGUGCUCUUCAAUGCUUACCUCCACCUGGAGAAGACCGACUCCUGGCAGAGGCCCUUCAGCACCUGGAUGCGGGAGGUGGCGUCGAAGGCUGGAGUCUAUGAGAUCCUCAACCAGCUGGGCUUCCCUGAGCUAGAGAGCGUGGAGGACCAGCCUUUCUCGAGACUGCGCUGCCGCUGGCAGGAGCCGAGCCGCAGCCUGGAGCCCUUCACUGCCGGGGACUCCCUGUAGAAGGUGCUCCCCCUGCCGCUGCUCCCUGCUGUAGGGCCCGAUGAAGGCUGGGGGUGCCCAAGGUGGCCUUCACUGAAGUGGCCCUGAGGAAAUGGUCCCCCAGCUUCCCAGAGAGACUGGGGUUGGGACCCCUUUUUUGAAAGAGCUUUUUAUCGGACAGUUAGUACACAGUCAUACCUUGUAAGUGACGGGUAUGUGGACGGCCUCCAGAAAAACCCAGUGCGUACGCCUUCCAGGGAGGGCUGGCAUCAGCCUUCCAAGGCGCUCACUUCCCAAGUUGCCAAACAAAGCUACUUGCCACCUCCACUUCCAUCCUCUCCUUCUUGUCCCAUCUCAGCAGUCUGACAAGACCGUGGAGCAGAGUAACAGGUCAGCUUUGGUUUCUUUCUCUUUCAUUCUUUUGCUGCUUUCUCUCUUGGCUUCUCUAAGUUAGCUAGCUGCCUGAGCACUGCUCUUCGGGCCCUCGCCUCCCUGGGGAGUGGGCAGCACUCUGCUUGGCUUUGUUACCUCGAAGGCAGUUUUACCCUGUUUUCUCACCUUUCAUGCCCAUCUCCAGCCUGGAGGCUUCAAGGAGGACCCUAACCACAUGGCCGGAUGGGUCUGGCAGAGGCCUUGCCUUCCUUUCCCCUCUUUCUUCCCUCCCCCCCCCCACCUCCCCCCAGGCUGGCAGGACUGUAUGUGUUUCCAAGGAGUUGGUAACAUCAGGGAGCUCCUUUCAAGAGGAAGAAAGAACUUGCAGAAGGUGGGUGUAGCCCUGUGGAAGAGCCAGCUCCAUUUGCCUGGAGGCCCAGGUGGGAGGUAGUGAAGAAGCCAAAGCUGCCAGCUGUGGGUCCCUCCAUACCUCCUCCCUGCCCCACCAGCCCAAGAUGGUUUGGUAUGUCAUCAGUCCCUCCCCACUCACACCUGUCGCAGCAGGAGCCCCUGAGGGCAGCUAGGCUACCUGAGUGAACAGUGGAUUGUGUGAGAGUGGGCUAAGCAUGGUAUGAGGAGUCACCUGGAUUUCAGACCGUCCUUGCUGAGGACCAUUCCAGUGGGAGCAGAAGGGGCUAAGUGCUUCUGAGUUAGAGGCCUCCAGGAUCUGUUCCAUCUAGACAGUGGGAAAGCUGUUCAGAAGAGGCAGGAGAGGCAGGCGGUGUUGAGUUGAACCUUGCAGCUCUUCUGGGGGCUGGGAGGUUGAACAGUGGGGAAGCAGUCCUCCUGGGCUGACUCGUUGGGGCCAAGGAGGCCUCUCUUUGGUUGGGUGCAUGCACUUCUAUGGAAAAACAGGUGGAUGUGUCCCCGGUCAUGUUUGGAAAGAAGAGAAGAGGCUGAAGUUGUUCAUAUCUACCUAGUAUUGGAAAAUAUUUGACCAUCUUGGCUGAAUUCUUUUGCAAAACUACUGUAUAUCUGUUCACUACCUUUUCAGAUUUGUUAUUUUCAUUUUUAUUAUUUUUGCAUGUGUUAAAAGUUUUAAUUUCUUUGCAGACAAGGUUUAGGUGAGGGGUCAGAGGUUGGGUUUGAACUGGGAGGGAGCCUUUGUGUUCUCACAGUUGUCCCUGACUUUCAACUGUGCUGGGACCACUGGCCAGUCACUUCACCUCUCUGCCUCAGU